UCCCUCGUUACUCACCGGUCUCGCUUCGCCCCCGGCUGUUGCAACCCUUCUUGUUCCUCUCCCGCUGCUUUUCUCUGCUUCAAGGGUUUCCUUGACUCCCCAUAUCGACUGGUUGAUCUCCAGGCGAUCCGCCCUCGUCUGCUAUCUCUUCGCCUCCCUCAGUUCCGUCACCGGUCACCUCGCCAUCUCCCACUAGCCAACUUCUUAUCUCUUCCUUUCUAGCUUUCACAUCCCACGAUCUUCUAUCUGCGAUCGAUUUGAGUUGAUCUCUAGCCACUAGCACGUGAGGAGCACAACUAAAUUCACUAGUUUUAAUGUCUCUGCGACAUCUCCAGAGGCGUGGAACAGCUCUUCUUCGAGAUGGUGGACUACUCCAAGUGCUGCGCUCAGAGAUCAACUACGAGCUCUCCUCUUCCAGCGAAUCCUCUUGCGGUGAUGGGGUGGGGAGUGAGGUUGAAGGCUUCAUGCUAGAAUGGACUGAGCUGCGGACACAGGAUGUUGUCCUUCGACGUCAACCUGACCACGUAUUUUGUGAGGAGAUUGCAGUGUCAGCAUUGCUUGCGCCAUUGCAGUUUCGAGAUAAGGAUCCACUCCCCAGGGAUGUCUUGAUGAAGGUCUGCAUUAAGAAGGCAGGGUAUGACUCAGUGUUGCACUACGAUUGCCGUGCCUUCCGUUGCGAUAAAGACCAACUGUUGCCAUGGACCACAAUGGAUACUAAUGAUGGUGGCAUUGGUAGUGAUUUUACCAUUAGAAAGGCUUAUUGUUCUUCAUCAGUGGAUUAUUUGGGAAAAUGCAAGUCUGUGGGACCCAUAUUCAGUUCUUUGGACCCUCAAUUACAGAAGGCACUCAAAGACUAUCUUGUGGUCAGAGGGAUCACUCCAAAGCUGACCAACUUCCUCCUCGAACACUUGCACAGAAAGGAGCAUAGCCAGUAUGUGAAUUGGCUGCGCACCAUGGAGGGCAUCGUUGUCAAGUGAGGCUUCGUACUGCUGCUGAGAUAUUCUGAUAGGUCGAGUUGUUCCAAUUCUAGUGCUUUCCUUUUUCUCAUCAUUGUCUAGGUAGAUGAAUUUUAUUGCAGCAGGCAAUUCAAGUGUCUUUUGCAGCUUAAAGAAUGCUUAUAAAAAAGACAAGAUUAUUACUUUCGAAAGAAGCUACCUUUCAUCUUAUA